AACCUUGGGCUGGUGAGGUGGCUUCACAAAGGAGCCACUUAACAAGUCAUAAGUGUUUAGUGGCCUCUGGACCUCUAGGGGACCUGAGAGGAAUCCUAUAUGAUCCUGAAGAGGACAGUCAAACCACACCCGUCAGCAACGGGACUAUUGAUUCCAGCCCGCUGAUGGAAUGCGGCCCUGCCACGACAAGAGGACAAGAGGUCUCCAGAGCAGAAUGAGUGGUGGCUGGUGGAGAUGUUCGGGGGUGGAAGGGCCGGACAAGGGAGGUGAAUCUUGUGACUCAUAUCAGGCAGAGAGUGCAACGAGACAAACGGCAGUGAAGGAAGACGAGGGAGAACAGACGGAGCACACACUGCCCUGAGGGCCGUGUUUCGCGUGGAGCCACAGUGGCAUUUUUAAACCGGCAUCUCAUUAGCUGUAGCCUAGAGGGUAAAGCAUUUGUUUAAACGGACUCUAUUAUUCAAAGUUUUUUUCUCAAAGAAACCCAACUGGUAGGGUUGUUUCUGGCGCGGUGGUUUCUGGUUGAGGUGUUUCUGGGAGCUUGCAACACGAGCUCUGCAGUGCUGACGGGUCGGCUGCUCGGCAAGGAGACGAGAGAGAAGAGGGACUGAGGGAGACGGCCAUGUACGGCUGCGGGUUUUCGGCGUUUCGUCUGGAGGCCAGGGGGGCCAUGAAAGCGGCCCUCGUGUCAGCCGAGAACCUCCAGCUCUCGCUGCAGCCGGAGCUCAGCCAGGAGGAGCAGGCCCUGACCCGGGCCCGCCGCUGCCAUGACCACAAGGAGGCGCAGGGUCCCGGGAACGAUGAGCUUAAGGAGAUGUUGGAGAGCAACAAGGAGUCUCUCAAGCUGGAGGCCAUGAAGAGGAUCAUAGGGCUCAUCGCCAAAGGGAAAAAUGCAUCUGAAUUGUUUCCUGCGGUGGUGAAGAAUGUUGCAAACAAAAACAUUGAGCUGAAGAAGCUGGUGUACGUGUACCUAGUCCGCUAUGCUGAGGAGCAGCAGGACCUGGCCCUGCUCUCUAUCAGUACCUUCCAGAGAGCACUGAAGGACCCCAACCAGCUGAUCCGAGCUAGUGCGCUACGUGUGUUGUCCAGUAUCCGGGUGCCCAUCAUCGUCCCCAUCAUGAUGCUGGCCAUCAAAGAGUCCGCCAGUGACAUGUCUCCGUACGUGAGGAAGACCUCGGCCCAUGCCAUCCAGAAGCUCUACAGCCUGGACCCAGAGCAGAGGGAACACCUCAUCGAAGUCAUUGAGAAACUAUUGAAAGACAAAAGCACACUGGUGGCAGGCAGUGUGGUGAUGGCUUUCGAGGAGGUGUGUCCUGACCGCAUCGACCUGAUCCACAAGAACUACCGCAAGCUGUGUAACCUGCUGGUGGACGUGGAGGAGUGGGGCCAGGUGGUGAUCAUCUCCAUGCUAACGCGCUACGCCCGCACCCAGUUCACCAGCCCCUGGCAGGAGGGUGUCUCAUUUGAUGAGAACAACGAGAAGGCCUUCUACGACUCUGAUUCGGAGGAGAAGAGAGACGAGACGGAGACCAAGCCCUACAUGAUGGACCCAGACCACCGACUGCUGCUGCGCAACACCAAGCCGCUUCUGCAGAGCAGGAACACUGCAGUGGUGAUGGCCGUGGCCCAGCUCUACUGGCACCUUGCACCGACGCACGAAGUCAGCGCUGUCACCAAGUCCCUGGUCAGACUGCUCAGAAGCCACAGAGAGGUGCAGUACGUGGUGCUGCAAAACAUUGCCACCAUGUCGAUCCAGAGGAAGGGCAUGUUUGAACCCUACAUGAAGAGCUUCUACGUGAGAUCAACAGACCCCACGCACAUCAAAACACUGAAGCUGGAGAUUCUCACCAACCUGGCGAACGAGGCAAACAUAUCCACCAUUCUGAGAGAAUUCCAGACCUAUGUGAAGAGCCAGGACAAAGCGUUUGCUGCCGCCACCAUUCAGGCCAUCGGCAGGUGUGCCACCAACAUCUCUGAGGUCACAGACACCUGUCUCAAUGGCCUGGUGCUGCUGCUCUCCAACCGAGACGAGACGGUGGUGGCGGAGAGUGUGGUGGUGAUCAAGAAGCUCCUGCAGACCCAACCCACCCAGCACAGUGAAAUCAUCAAGCACAUGGCCAAGCUCUUUGACAAGAUCACGGUGGCGAUGGCCCGGGCCAGCAUCCUGUGGCUGAUCGGGGAGUACUGCGAGAGGGUGCCCAAGAUCGCCCCCGACGUCCUCCGCAAGAUGGCCAAGAGCUUCACGUCGGAGGAGGACAUCGUCAAGCUGCAGAUCGUCAACCUGGCCGCCAAACUCUACCUGACCAACUCCAAACAGACCAAGCUGCUGACCCAGUACAUCCUGAACCUGGGGAAGUACGACCAGAACUACGACAUCCGCGACCGCACACGUUUCAUACGCCAGCUGAUCGUGCCCAACGAAAAGAGCGGAGCGCUCAGCAAAUACGCACGCCGCAUCCUGCUGGCCCCCAAGCCGGCGCCGCUGUUGCAGUCGGCCUUCAAAGACCGCGAUCGCUACCAGCUGGGAACGCUGUCCCACAGCCUCAACCUCAAAGCGUCGGGCUACCAGGAGCUCUCUGAUUGGCCAGCGGUUGCUCCGGACCAGUCCGUGAGGAACGUGGAGGUCAUCGAGCCGGUGAAUGAGUGGGUGCCCACCGUGGGGAAGUCCAAGCCGGCCAAGUCAGCCAAGUCAGAGGACAAGUUCUACUCUGACUCCGAGGGCGAGCAGGUGGACCGCAAAGGAUCCAAGAACAGCAGCAGCAGCAGCAACGACAGCAGCAGCAGCAGCAGCAGCAGCAGCAGCAGCAGCAGUAGUGAAGGCUCAGGCUCCGAGGAAAGCGACGAGGAGACGAGCGACGAGUCGCCAAAGAGUUCCAGCCAAUCAGGGGAGGGGUCCAGUGAGUCCGAAACGGACCAGAAGAAGGAGAAGAAUAAGAAAAACACUGAUUCCAAAGCCAAGUCGAAAGCUGUCAACAGCGAGUCUGAGGAGAACAACAACAUGGUCAGCAGCUCUUCAGAGGACGGCUCCGCCUCCUCCUCCUCAGACUCGGACUCGGACACAGAGCAGAAGAAGAGCUCCAGCAGGUCCAAACCUAAGGUGCACGAGCGGCCCCCGAAGGAGGUGUCUCUGCUGGAUCUGGAUGACGUGGCUCCAUCCGCCCCGACCACACCCAAGGCCUCAGCGUACUCCCCCAGUCUGCUGUCGGACCUGGAGGGACUGUCUCUCUCCAGCGUAUCCUCCCCAAUGCAGGUGACGGUGCAGCCCUUCGGGCCGGUAAAGAGCCACGAGUUGCUCCACCACAUGUCGGGCAAGGGCCUCUCGGCGCGCUACCACUUCCCCCGGCAGCCCUUCCUGUACCAGCCCAGCAUGGUGCAACUGCAGAUCACCCUGACCAACGCCUCGGACCAACCCCUGGAGGGGAUCCACCUGGGGGAGCACAGCCCUGCCAGCCUCACCCUGCACCGCUUCAGCCCUGUCGAACGACUUGAGCCACAGGCCUCGGUUACCGUUUCCAUGGGAAUCGACUUCAACGACUCCACGCAGGCAGCCAACUUCCAGUUGUGUACUAAAGAGGCAGAGUUCUCGGUGUCCAUCCAGCCUGCAGUAGGUGAGCUGCUGCUCCCCGCUAGUCUGACCCAGGCGGACUUUGAGAAAGAACAAGGCAAACUGCUGGGCAUGAACGAGACCUCGGCCACCAUCACCAUGGCAGAGGGUCAUUGCUCCAGCGCAGUGCUGAACAAGCAGGUUCGCUCCAUGGCCAACCUGGGUGAGGUCAUCACGGGACACAACAACACUCACAGGUUUGCGGGGCGCACAGUGAGCUCUGGGGCGCUGGUCCUGGUGACGGUGGAGAAGAGGGAGGCUGCCGACGCCACCAUCACCGUCAACACCGACAAGAGCGUCAUGGCCUCCAUGCUGCUGAGGGACCUCAAGCAAGCCCUUGCCUCCGCAUAGGGACGGACACACACACACAUACACACACACACACACACACAUAACACACACACACACACACACACACACACACACACACACACUUGUCAAUACACUCCCUGUCCAGCUCCCUGAUGGACGCGUGAUGAAGGAUCCGUCUUCAGUGUUGUGAAGUCUGCAGUGACUCGGGUUUCUCUGUUUGUUGUCCGGCUAGUGUUUCAGAGGGGAGGGCCAUGUGACGCCACGACAUGUAGGAGGUCAUAGGUCAAAUGUUAUACAUGUAGCCCAUUUAGAGCUGGAGAACGAAAGUGCCAAGGUGUUGUAUUUCAUUGGAUCCCAUUUGUCACGAUUUCUGGAAUCUACACUUAAUUGUUCCUGAUGAUCAUGAAGAGGCUUCCCCUCUUGAGUACUUGAGAUUGUAUGUCAGGGUUGGCUUGAAGCACAUUGACGUUAAUUUCAAUGAAUUCCGAGGUUAUAGUUAGAAAAAUCUCUAGCGUUUCUGUCCGCCGAGUAGAUUUUUAUAGUUCUAUAUAUUGUAGACGACCUCUGUUGUUGGUUGAUCUUCAUGUUUUCAGUACUGCCAUUUUUACUGAUCAAUGUUGCAGUCAUAGAUACUUAAUUUCAAGCAAUUCUUUGGGAUUUUUGACCAAACCGUACGUUCUUCGAUGGAAGAUGUACUUUGAAAUACUAAGUAAAGACCAUAGCAUUUCAGACGCAUCACUUCGCACAAGGGGGAAACCGUUUCACAUUGUGACAUGUUGUUUAAUUUUCGUGUUGUUGACGUUCUGUUUGAACUCUGAAUGUCCCCCAAGUAAUAUCUCUAAAGUGCCUUUCUGAGUAAUUAAAAAGUAGUUUUUCUAGAAAUACAGUUUAUUCAACAGAAACAUGUCUCUGUAUCUGCAUUACUCAUACUUCAAAAUAAACAUUUGAAUUAGGACAGAAAAACAAGGAUAAAAUGA